AUGGGGCUUCUAUCGUACGGAUAUCAGGCUGGUGCCCAAUACCGCGGAAGAAAGGUACCCGCAAGCCUAGUCCUUGGAGGUUACGACCUUUCGCGGUCUUCCGAACCUCUCAAAAUCAAUAUUAAUAUCGUCGACAUGGCCAAAGCUCUCACGGUCGGGCUUCAGGACAUUGUAGUGACCAAUACACUCAAUGGUACCCUCUCAAUGGUCAACAAUGAACGAAUACUUGCUCCGAUCGACUCGUCGAUUCCAGAAAUUUGGCUUCCAAAGUCCGUCUGCGAUCGCUUCGAGUCCGCUUUCGGCUUGGAGUACCACGAUGGGACCGGCAGAUACGUCCUCACGGAUCAGGCCAGGGAUCGCCUUCGUGAACUCAAGCCGACCUUGAUUUUCACCAUCGGUGCUGAUGCCGUGACGGGUGGCAACACCACGUUGAUCCAGAUUCCAUAUGAAGCUUUCGAUUUGCAGAUAGGGUACCCCAUCUUCGCAAACGCAACGAACUAUUUUCCGAUCCGAAGAGCAGAUAACGAGAGUCAGUACGCGAUCGGUAGAGCAUUCUUGCAAGAAGCGUACAUCGGCGUCGAUUUCGAAUCUGGUAUCUUCAACGUCAGCGCUGCCAAGUGGGACAACCUAGAGCCAAACAUCAUAACCAUCUCGAACAAGGAUCGUGAUGCAGUAGCCGCCCGAGGGGGCUUGUCGGGUGGUGCGAUCGCCGGCAUUGUCGUCGGCUGCGUAACGGCAAUACUAUUGUGUAUAGCAUGCACGUGGUUCUUCGUGCUGAAGUCGAGGCGAACGCGAAGGCAAAACACAGCGCUGGAUGAGCCAGACGAGAAGAUUGGUCGAGACGCGCUGCAUUCAGCUCCAGAGCUGACAGGUACCUCCGUUCACGAGUUGCCAGCAAAGUACGGCCAUCACGAACUCGGCGAGGUGAAGAUGGUGCCUGAGCUGGGAAGUGAGGAGCUCGUUCACGAAUUGCCUUCGGGAGUCGUUCGAUGA